AUGAUACCUGGCGUCGACUCACCGUAUCUCAAUCCCGCCCUUCGCGGGAUCCUCAACGGGAUCGUCUUCUGCAUCGCCCUGUUCAUGCUCGAAAGAUCGGCAGACGUGUUCGUCGAUAGCACCUCGAUCGUCGCAAAGAGACUAGGAUUACCAACGAUCUUGGUCGGUCUGUUGACUGCAGGAGCCGAAUGGGAAGAGCUUGCCGUAGUUGUCUCCUCCUUGAGCGAAGGCAACCCCUCUCUCGCCGUAUCCAAUGUGAUCGGAUCGAUGACGGCCAAUAUCCUGGGCUCCUUUUCUAUCGGGCUGUUAUUCCGCCCAGCUGCUCUGAACAACAACGAAAUGUUCUCCUCCCGGCUCUACGUCUCCCUGAUGCUCUUCCUGAGUUUUAUCUUGAUCGUCGCCGGUCCUGGAUGGGGAUGGAUCCUGCGAGGGCUUCAAGUGGGUAUCCCAGUAAAACGGGCUAGGAGAGCUCAGUCAGCGGGGAAAUGGGCUGGGAUCGUCCUCCUCUGCUUGUUCGGAGUCUACGUAGCAGGAAUCGCUUGGGGGAUCUACCGGGGUACCGUAACCCCGCCCGAAGGAUCCGACAGUGAUUCUUCCGAUACCGAUAGCGACUCCGAGAUGGAAGACGAGGAUCUUUUGGAUCCUGAAUCCCUCAACACUCAGAGACCUCUUCCUGCAGCUCAAGCUAGUCUGACGCCCGAUGUCCGGACGCCAACCGAGAGAUCGCCGUUGAUACGCACCGUAUCGCUUCCUCCUCCCUCGGCAAUCACGCAACGAAGGGGUCCGACCUCGACGACCCAUCAUGUCGUCAGGUUGAUCGGAUCGACGGCGAUCCUUUCACUUUCGGGUUACUUGCUGUCAAACACGACUUCUACGCUCGCCGUCUUGCUCGGCUUGUCACAGUCGACGCUGGGUCUGACUCUCUUGUCCAUCGCGACGACCUUGCCGGAAAAGCUCGUGGCCUACAAGAGUGGCAGGAAGAGCCAGACCGGGGUCUUGAUCGCGAACACGGUUGGCAGCAACGUAUUUCUCGGCACCUUGGUGCUCGGGAUCGUUUGGACCGUCUCGGGCGAGUUGCCUUUCACUUCUGGUAACGCCUCGGGAAGGAUUAGAGGGAUCAAGGGACUAAGGUGGAUCUGGGUGGAUGUCAUCGUGGUCGUCGCUAGUUCGCUUCUCAUGUGGACCGUCGUCUGGUUUGGGCUGUUCAAGAGGAGCAUCGGUGUUGCCAUGUUAUUGUUGUAUACGACCUACAUUGUAACAAUCUUCUUGAGAUGA